GCCCCGACACUGAUCUCGGGAACGAAUGCCCACCGCACGCCACCAUGCAUCGCCGGCCAACGACGUCGUCGACCGCUAUCGCACCGCCUGCACGCUCGUCUGCGCUUGCUGCCUUCGACAGGUCUCGUAUGCGCCAUGCCCACAACCCGCGCUCUCCCGUCCUGUGCGUGCCUGAGUCUCCCAUUGAGAACCACCGGACGGUAGCACGACAAUUACGCCCGAUGCAGGGCGUCCAGUUCGCGGCAAAAGUAUCGUAUCGCUGAGACGGCCCCAUGGUAUAAACCCCACCAUGCUUUACCCGCUCCCUCAACCCCUUCCAGCUCUCUGAUCGUCCCUGAUCGUCCCUGAUUGCCCUCCUUGCUCGUGCAUUUCCGCCCUGUCCCCGCUGCAGAAUACAGUCCUCCACCCAUGGCCGACGCAGCAAAAGAGCCCAUCGUGGCAGGCCGGCUAUACGACGCUGAAGUACUCCCCGAUGAAGUAUCAGAAGUCUCCGAAAAGCAGGGCACGGGCGCCGACAGGCAUGCCAUGUGGAGGAUGGGAAAGGUGCAGGAGUUGAGACGCAACUUUCGCUUCGUGUCCAUCUUCGGCUUCUCCAUGAUUCUCAUGGCCAGCUGGGAGACCAUGCUUGGCACUUCGACCAUUGGAUUGAUCGACGGAGGCACCGCCGGCCUGAUUUGGAUGUAUCUUAUCUGCUGGAUCGGUUUUAUCUGUGUCAAUACCUCCAUGGCCGAAAUGGGCUCUAUGGCACCCACGUCCGGCGGCCAGUAUCAUUGGGUGAGCGAGUUUGCCUCCCCACAGAGCCAGCAAUUCCUCAGCUACAUGAUCGGCUGGCUAUGCGUCCUGGGCUGGCAGACCGGCGCAGCGAACACGGCUUUCCUCGCCGGAACCCAGAUUCAGGGCUUGAUAGCACUAAACAAACCCGACUACGCCUUUGAACCUUGGCACGGCACGCUCCUGGUCUUCGCCGUAUCCGCCUUCAACGUCGUCUUCAACACCUUCCUCGUCAAGAAGCUCCCUUUGAUCGAGGCCAUCGUCUUGUUCAUCCAUGUCUUGGGCUUCUUCACCGUCCUAGUCAUCCUCUGGGUUACCGGGCCCGUCGGCAAUGCAGAAGAGACCUUCACCACUUUCAACGACUACGGCGGCUGGAAUAACUUAGGGCUCGCUACGCUCUCGGGUCUGGUCGCCGUAGUGUUGCCUCUCCUUGGAGCCGACGCCGCUGUGCACAUGUCGGAAGAGCUGCGCGAUGCAUCCAAGACGCUCCCGAGAAGCAUGAUCUGGACCACCGUCAUCAACGGCUCCAUGGGCUUCGUCAUGCUUGUUACCUUCUGCUCUGUCCUAGGUAGCCUCGACGACGCUCUUGCCUCGCCAACCAAGCAAGCCUACCUCUACGUCUUCUACAACGCGACCGGAUCUGUAGCUGGCGCUUCCAUCAUGGGCGCUUUAGUGAUCACCAUGGCUAUCUUCUGCAACCUGUCCAUCACCGCCACCUCGUCUCGGCAGCUGUUCGCCUUCGCGCGUGACCAGGGCAUUCCCUUCAGCCAAACUUUUGCAUACGUCCCUCCAAAAUGGGAUGUCCCAAUCAACGCCAUCUGUUUGUCCUUCGCAGUGUCCUGCCUCCUCUCCCUCAUCAACCUCGGCUCCUCGGUCGCCCUCUUGAACAUCGCUUCCCUCUCUACCGCCGCCAUCCUCGCAUCGUACAUUGUCUCUAUAUCCUGCAUUGCGCUCAAACGCAUCCGGGGCGAGCCACUCCUACCUUCCAAGUUCAGCCUCGGCCGCGCCGGGCUUCCUCUCAACAUCCUCUCUAUUAUCUUCCUUAUAUUCGUCUUCAUAUUUUCCUUCUUCCCAAUGGGGCCGAAGCCCACGCCGGCCGGCAUGAAUUGGAGCAUCUUGAUGUUUGGUGUAACCGUCCUGUUCUCGUGGGUCUAUUAUUACUUCAAAGGCAGGCACGUGUACAAAGGCCCAGUGGCAUAUGUGCGCAAGUCCGUUUGAUCAUGGGAGGGCGAUAUCAGACCGUACUCGGUGGGGCCGGACCGUAUUAUUAGCCAAUCGCAGUAUCGAAAAAGACGAGUCUGCCCUGAAACACUAGCUUCAUAAUGAACUGGCGUUUGCCAUUGUAGAGGUGGUCGAAAAUAGCAGCGGACCUUCGCCAUGUGGUUACCUGGGCUGAUGCGCCUAGGGCGGCACCCUCUCAACUACUAGGCCCGGAGAGUCAAAGCAACAAUGAACGGAGACCGCAAAACCGAGCGG